AGGACUGAUGUGAUCUUUUCCCCGGCCCCGAUUUUACCCAAUAACGCAAGAAAAGUCCUCUUGUGGUGAAGUGGUCGGUCAUCUUAGUCACACAAGAAAUUCACGGAAAGUAAGAAAUCAAAAUUAAUAUCGUACAACUACAAAGCCCUCUUCUUCGUGCCAAUGUUUUUCACCCCCUCAAGUUUCAAGAUAAAGGUUUUCACAUCGGUUUAGUUCGAAAAAUAUCAAGCACAGCAUCAAGCAAGGAAAAACGCAUCAACUUUGGAAGCGAAAAGUCUCUAAUUCUUGCGUACUCCAUGAUCUAGGUAUCUCUCUGCUAUCUUAAUCUAGUGUUUCUUGUUCUUGCUACUUUUUUAGUGGAAUAGACCUUACUACGUACCCCUGAUCCUGAAGCUACUAGACCCACGGACCACCCAUUGCCGUCACCAUCAUGCUAAAUAUCUUGCUACCCUGCCCUGGCACGACAGUCCACGUUGAACAAGAAAGGUAGGAAUCAGGAAAGAUGGGCGUGGUCGCAGAGCAGCUGGCUACCCUGCUGUACAAGGAUCUGAUCCUCCGGCGGCGGGCGCCUUUCGAGACAUUUUGUCUGUGUCUUUGCCCGUGUUUGACGAUUAUUCUCGCCUGCAGUUCCUUCAUCUUCAUCGAAGACUUGCCCCAUGUUGUGCCGUUCACAACAGAGGAGAACGCGUAUCGUUACUUUUUGCUUACAGGGCACUGCUCAUGUUGUUCAAGAAGAGGCAACUUUACAUACAACGACAUCAUCAAAGUUUGAUAAUCGAGAAACUUUAACUUACAUUUUUUUACAGUGCCCAAGCUCCGGUCGGCCCUUCCUCGACGUUCCUCUUCGACCCCUUCCCCCUCGAUUGCGUUGCGGUCGACGCUAUCAAAUGCAAAUAUGUCUGGGUCUGGAACGAUGCAAGGUUUGUCAUGCACAUUUUGCAUGACUCCUGAUGUCUGUGAUGCAUGCCGUAGCAUCACAGAUUUUGUGAGGCCUUCCUGAUGCCUAUAUCGCAUGAGAAAUGCCCUCUCGCCCUGGCAAAAACUGGCCUUCUUUUGCUGUUCAUGCAAUACAAGUUUUUGUAGAAUUCAGACGCAGCAUCACAAGUUGCAUCCUUCCAGUUCCAGACAUAUUUGCAAUGCAUAGACGCCGUCUCGCUGCUCGCACGCGGAGACAUUGACACGGAGGGCAACGGCGGCGGCCCGAUUCAGGAGGUCUCGAUUGGGUUGAAGUACACGACCAAUUUUGACUGCUUUCUCGGGGCGAUCGCGAGCUACAUUCCGCUCUGGAACAUCAUGGUCCGCCAGUUGCGCGAACGCCCCUCCUGGGUGCCGACGCCGCGGACGUUCGCUGUUAUAGAUGAGACGCCGGUGCCGCAUGGCGGCACUGUGACACGGGGCACCAGCUUCGCGAACUACAUGGAGAAACGGUACAACCAGAACAUAGCCUUGGUCAUGGUUUUCUACAACCUCACCGAUUCCUGUUUCCGGAACGAGCAAUUGCACUACGUGGACAAAAAUUUGAGCCCCUACGACGUCGUCCCUGUGUUUGGCUCGUCUGCUUCGGGGUCCAGCUCCACGUCGCCAUUCGCCUCGCUGUUCGCCGCGAAUGCGACGAGGAGGCAGUUGACUGUGAGCGAGAGUGGUGACCAGUUUGGGACGAGGGGGGAAGAACAAAUGGGAACAGAAUCUUCCUUGAACUACUUUGAGCGGCGCGACGACAUCCGAGAGCUCGCUGUGCCCCCGGGAUCCACAGUGGACGUUUCGUCAUUCUCCGGCCAUGUCACGGACUUUCCGGUGAGCAAUAUCUACCAAGACUGUAUCACCAACCGCCCGAUGGAGUGCUUCAACGCCUGUUUUUUCCAGGACAACAGUUUCCGCACCAACGCGAUUGCUGAGAUCCAGCAGGCCAUGUCCGGAAGCUCGGUGGUCGCGUCGACGUCCUCUUCGAGGCGGAAUCUGGUGGCCGGUGAAGAAGAUGUUAGCGAGGAUGUGGUGGAUUUCAUGAAAAACAUCGAAAGUGAAUACCGGAAAAAUCAACAGACCAUGGCAUUGGAAAAGAAGCAGAAAGAGGAGGAAAAAAGGCACGAGCUUCUUCAACAAAUAGACGGCAAUCAGUGCGCAGACCAUGAUCAACUAUGGUUUCCGCGCAAGAACCCCUUUGACCUGGAAGCGCUGGCAGAGUUUCUCGAACAAACAGCGAAAGCUGUGGUCGACGAGGCACCAGAAGACGCGGGCUUCUUCUUCCAAGGACGGCUCAAACAAGGUACUGAAACAAGCAGAGUUGUCUCCAACAAGCGCACGCUGCAGAGUAGUUCCACUACUUCGUCCGGCAACAGCGGCAACACCGAGCAAGUGGAUUGCCGGUCGCUGACCUCCCCGUGCGAAUGUGCGCGCCACCGCACCAGUCACGGCUGCCAGUGGCGGCAGGAGUCCCGACUCCUGCACGGCAUGGGGCGGUGCCGCGCGGGCAACAGCCGGCGCAGCGACACGUCGUGCGCGGAGUGCUCCAACCAGGAGGGGUGUUUAGCCGUUGACUUGUGGGAGCGGCUUGGCGCCAGCCUGCCGCGCUUGUCUCCCGCCGUGCGGCAGUUUGGCGCGGAGUCGGACUUGGAGGAUUUUAUCGCGAAAGUCAAUUAUCCGGGGGAGCGGACGGAGCAGUGGACCAACGGGGUGAACGGGCUCCUUGAGGAUGUCAUCGUUUCGGACAGUAUCUGUGCCGCGGUCGUUUUUGCGGACAACGGCAACCGGGCGGUCAUCCGGCCCAACGCGACAAGCUCCGCAGGGGUGCAAUACGGGCUAGAUACGUAUCGCUCCGUGUCGCUCCGCUCCCGCCCAGGCAGCAUGCAGGCCUAUCAGCUCUCCGGUUUUAUCGGCUCACAAGCGGUGCUGAACGACUUCUUGCAGUGCCGUAACGCAGUCGACAUCAGCGACUGCUUGCCCGCCUCGAGGCAAAUCGCGCAGCAAGUGCAGCAGCAACAGAUGAGUGUAGGUACAACAGUGACGGCGCAACCAGAGCCGACGAAGAACUACGCCAGUCAAAACGUCUCUCUGAUCUCCAUGGGAAGCCCCGCGCACCAGCGCAACCCGGUGUUGCAGUACAGUGGUUGGCGUUUGUGGUCGCAGAUGUGGAUCUCGUUCUGCUUCCCGGUUUUAACCGUUGCGGGGAAGAUUCUGCGCGAAAAGGAGUCGAAGAUCCGGGACGGUAUGCGGAUGAUGGGUCUCCGCGACGCGGCCUUCUACUUGGAAGAUUUCGUGUUCAACGCGAUGCUGGCGUUUCCGAUCGCCCUGUGUGCAGUGAUCGCGUUGAGCAACAUGCCGCACAUUGUGAUCUACAGCGACCCGUUCUUCCUGUUCCUCGUGUUCUUCUUCUGCCUGUGGCACACGCUCUCCUUCGCGGUCUUCCUCACGUCCUUCUUCAGCAGCUCCUUGUUCGGGAAAAUCGUUUGUUUUGGCAUGGUGUUCAUGAGCCGGUUGUUUCUGGAGUUGACCGACGGGGGCUGGACCACGAGCCAGAUCCGGGCGCUGGGGCUGUUCUUUCCCAGUUGUGCGUUCAAAUACGAGAUGAUCACUUGGUACAAUUUGGAGAUCAAGACCGACGGGCUGACCGCGGCAACCAUCACCUGGCGCAACGACAAUUUUUCCGCGCAAGACGGUUUGAUCGUGCACAUAAUCGGCAUCUUCAUGUACACACUGUUUUUCGCCUAUUUCGACCAGGUGAUCCCUACCGAGUUCGGCGUUCCGCAGCCCUGGUACUUUCCUCUCUCAAAAGUCUGGUGGCAGCAAACAGUGUUUGCGACUUUCAAAGGAUCAAAUACGAAAGAAGAGCAGACGUCGGCUGCGGGGGAAGUAGAAGAAGAGGAACUGGCAGAUGCCACGACUAUGGACCGGGAUCCGACGUGUUUUGAGAAAAAAACGGAACAGCAACGCGACGCGGAGCGGCGCGGGGAGUGCGUGCAAGUGAAGAAGUUGCGGAAGGAAUUUUUCGUCGACGGGCAAAAGAUCGUCGCGGUCGACAAUUUUUCCACCACGGUCUACAAAAACGAGAUCUACGUGCUGCUCGGGCACAACGGCGCGGGGAAAACCACGACGUUCUCGAUGCUCACCGGAUUGAUCCCCACCACCGGCGGGACGAGCAGCUUUUUCGGCAAUUCCAUGCAGUACCACUUGACGAACUGCCGGUCCAAAGUCGGGAUGUGCCCGCAAUUUUCCGUGCUUUGGCCGCAGGUGACUAUCAACUGCAAAAGUGUAUGGGUCUGGAAGAGUGCCAGACUUGUCAUGCAGGUUUUCCAUGACCGAAGAGGUCUGGUAUGUAGGACAUAGCAUGACAGAUUCUGUGAGCGUUCUAUCAUGUUCAUGCCUAUCCUGGAUGAGAAACUGCCUCUCGAUUAGGUCAAAAGUGGGCAGCUUUUGGCAAUCAUGCAACACAGAUUUUUUACAUGAUGCAGAUUUAGCAUGAGAUGUUGCUUUGUUCCAGACCCAGACACUUUUACAUUUGAUAGUGACCGCGUUGGAACACUUGGUCUUGUUCGCCAUGUGGAAGGGCGUUUCCAGGGCGGACGCGUACCGCGAGGCCGAGGAACUUCUCCGGGAGCAAAACAUGGAUCACAAGAAGGACGCGCUCGCCCGCACGCUGUCGGGCGGGAUGCGGCGGAAGCUCUCGCUCGCGAUCGCCUUCACGGGGAAUCCGGAACUGGUUUUCCUGGACGAGCCUUCGUCCGGGUUGGACAGCAGUGCGCGGCGGGAGAUCUGGAACCUGCUGCGGACGCGGAAGGACAACCGGGUCAUCAUCCUCACCACCCACUACAUGGACGAAGCGGACGCUUUGGGCGACCGGAUCGCGAUCAUGUCGCAGGGCCGGAUCAAAUGCUGCGGCUCGCCGAACUUUCUGAAGAACGUGUACGGCUGCGGCUACAACUUGAGCUUCACACUGACCGAAUCCGCCGUGGUCCGAAACAGCGGUGCGAGCCUGUUUUUCUUCCUGCAGGAGGUGCUGAAGCCGUUCCAUGUGAAACUGCUCUCGGUUGCGGGGAAGGAUUUACUGUUUCUAGUGCCCUUCGAGGCGUCCGCCUGCUUCGAAAAAGCGUUCGACCGAGUUGAGAAGUACCAGCAGGCGUUGAAGAUUAAGUCGUGGAAUUUGUACGUAUGCAACCUGGAGGAGGUGUUUUUGAAAAUCGCGUCGGACGAGGAGGUAUUGCGCGCAAAAACUGCUUCCACGGUCAAUCCCUCCAUUCUGGACAUGGGAACUAACAACACCGCACGCACCGCGCCUUUCGACGACGACGACGAGCACGCAAGGCUGACGGAGAAAACCGCGAUAAGCGAAGAUGUUGAGGGUACUAGGCAUCAAACCGCAGUGAAUGAGCACUUCGACCUGCACCUUUCCGCGGGUGCGCACGCCGCAGACCACCACUUGGCGUCUGUCGUCAAAGGGUCGUCUGAAGUCGCGUCGCGCCAGAACAGCAAGGAAACCAUUGAGAAGAUUGUGAACGGCACCAUGCUGGGCGGAGCCGGCGGACGCGACAGCUUCGGUACUGUCGCGUCGCAAGAGCGGUACAGCGAGAUCGUAAAGGCACUGGAGGAAGGAGGUGCUUCGUCGGGCGAAGAGCAGAACUUCGCCGGAACAAGAAGUGGUGCUGGCGUAGUUGUGACGCCUGUUGGUGUUGAUGAUCCAUCCGCUGUUCAUACUUCAACUUCCGACGGUGUAGUUUCUGCUUGCCAAGCGGAAGACCUGGCCGACCACGAGCGGGUUCCGACCCCGCCGGAGAAAAAAUCUCCGUUCACUUCCGAUCAGGUUCUACCCGAAGUGCUUGGCGUACCGACGUCAGGUGGAGGUGGUAAGGACAAAUUUUCGGCUGCAACGGGCGGAAUGAAACACGGUACACUUACACACGGUGGUGACAGCAUGCUCCAGUACACGAAUGCCGGGUUCUCAAGGCAGAUGCAAGCCCUCCUUUGGAAGCGGUACUUGAACUCCAAGCGGGACUUCUGGACGACCUUGGUCCAGCAAACCUGUCCGGUGUUGCUGACAUCGUUGUCGAUCAUUUUCCUCAUCCUGAACCUGAAGGAUUUACCCUACCGGCAGCUGACCUACGAAAAUGACUACAACACGGACAUGGAAGCUCCGGCGAACCGCUACAUUGUGCCGGUCUCGUUUUCCUCAGACGACGUCGAGCAAAACGACUAUCAGAGCGGCAUUCCUCCCAAGGUGUACACGACGCAAAAACCCGCUUUGGCAUUGUGGCCGGAGAACCAGCCGUGCAGCACGAAAGGCGGGUGCCAACAAAUCAGCAGCGGGCUGAGCACCUCCGCAUUGCUGUCCGCGACGGAUAACAGCGUCUCCCAGUCCGAGAACACGGCGUUCGUUAUCGCCGGGAGUCAGUGCCCGACCACGCAGCAGGGGGUGUACAGUGGGGUGUUGGAUUUCGUGUUCUCCGCCUUUCAGAACCAAGUGAACCCGCUGUUGGGUGGCGGCUUCGGCGGCGCCGCCGUGACUGCGGAUGCAACGGCAACAACGAUGUUGAAUACGACAGCCACGGUCACCGCCGCGCCGCUGGUUUUCGCGACUACGUCGGGUUCCUUCAGUACCAGCUCACUGGCGACGUCGCGGAUCCCAACGGCGGAGCAGAAGAACAGCUCGAUACGGUUUGUCUACGCACUGGAAGAUCAGAUCCAGUACCGCAAGCCAGAUGAGUCGGCGUACGGGGGAGUGCUCCUUGCCGACAACCGGAAUGUCUUACUACACGUGAACCACACGGGCUACCACGCCGCGCCGAUCAUGCUGCAAUACUUCUACAACUACGUCGCGUCCACCGUGUAUGUCAAAGACCCAGCGACUGGCGUGGAGCAAACACUGCACCACGGCAUGACUGACCUCGGGGUCCACCCGCUCCCCCAGACCGCGGACGAGAAGGACUUCCGCCUGCGGUUCCAAAGCUUCGCCAUCGCGUUUAACGUCAUGAUCUCCUUCGCGUUUGUGUCCUGCUUCUCACUCGUUUUCGUCGUGAUGGAAAAGGAGUCCGAGAUCAAGGCGCAGCAGUUUAUCAACGGCGUGGACAUCCCCACCUACUGGCUCGCGCAGUACGUCUACGACUUUUGCACGUUUUUGUUCCCCAUCAUGUCGCUGCUCAUCGUCCUGCCCUUUCUGGAGGUCUGGUCCCUCGUCGGGGCGGACACGCUGCCCGUGUUCCUCAUGCUCAUGCUGCUGUUCGCGUUGGCGAUCCCGAGCUUCUUCUACAUCUGCGCGCACGGGUUAUGCAUUGCAAAAGUAUCGUACUCGUAUAAAUGCAUUACAAAUUUCCUCAGCAUGAGAAAGAAAAUGCGGAUUUGCCUUCAGAAAAAAGUUUGUGAUGCAAGACUUGCAUUUAUUAUACGAGUACGAUACUUUUGCACAGGAUACGGGUUCCGCACGGCCAAUUCGGCCAUGACCACGGCCUUGGUGAUGAACCUGCUCGUCGCGACGGUUCUGUUCAUCGUCACCUUCGUGUUCGAAUUGAUGCCGUUCGUGAUCACGCGGAAGGUCGGCUACUACAUGUCCGCGCUGUCCCGCAUCUGGCCGGUUUUCACGUUCGGCGAGGGCGUGCGCCGGAUGGCCAUGGUCAGUUUCAUUUGGACCCAAAACCCGCCGGACACGAUGACGGACUCCUACUACAGCGACUGCGAGGAAAAAUACGACAGAUUCGAGAUCGGCGCGCACUGGUGCUCGCAGAGCAUGUGGGACAAGUUUGCCGCCGGGCAGGCGUUGACGAUUUUAGGCCUGCAAGCGGUCUUCUACAUCACGAUCGCCAUCAUCAUCGAUUUGCUGCAAGAGGACGUGCGGUUUCGCCAGAUUUUCUUCGAGCCCAAAUUUGAUCCGAGCGUGAACAAAACGGCAGAAAUCCGAGCGCUGCGCGACCAGGACGUGGUAGACGAGGAGAACCGCGUGCACGGCAUGCUGGCGCAGGGGCAGGGGGGACACAUGAUGACGCCGAUGACCAGUACGGGAGGUGACCCUGAACAAGAUCGAGAUCAUCCUGGGCAUCGACAACAAGUCGAUCACGACCAGACCGCGGACGAUCCAACCACGCGGACCACAUCGAGCCACAACCAUCGACCUGGUCAAGUCGCGUCGCUGCCGCAGAUAAUUGACCCGGAACAAAAAGUGUCGAUCUUCUUCAAGAACGUGAGCAAGCUGUUCAAAGUGAGCACGAAAUCCACCGUGAUGGGUGCCCCGGUGGUGGCAAGCGAGACCGGUAGCGGACAGGGGGUCACCCUGACCGGGGCGCCGGAGUUCAAAGACACCAGUUUCACCACCUUCGUGAAGGAAAGGUGCUGCUGUUGCUGCCCGUGUUUUCGGAAGAAGACCGAGGUCCGCGACGUGCACGCAGUGCGGGACUGCAGUUUCGCACUGCACAAGGGCGACGUUUUCGGGUUGCUUGGAGCCAACGGUGCGGGGAAAACCACGACGUUCCGGAUGAUGUGCGGCGUUACGGUGCCCGCGAAAGACCCCGACACGGACAUCCGCAUUCUCGGCAAGGACAUUUUCACCCAGCGCGCAGAGUGCCGCCAGCUGAUCGGGUACACGGCCCAAGCCAACCCGCUGUGGAUGGGCAUGACGGUCCGGGAGCACCUGGAGUUUUACGCGAUGAUCAAGGGCAUUCCCCCGCACGAGCUGGCUCUCGUUGUGGAGAAGCAGAUGCAGGACCUGGACCUGCUUUCCUACGUCACCAAGCGGGCAACCAACCUCUCCGGCGGGAACAAACGCAAACUCGUGAUCGCCAUGUCGCUCAUCGGGGCGCCGCCCGUCUUGUUUUUGGACGAGCCGUCCGCUGGGAUGGACCCGGCGGCGCGACGGAAGAUGUGGAGCAUACUCCACUACAUCGCGACGAAGCGAAAGCGCAGCACGGUGAUUCUCACCUCGCACAGUAUGGACGAGGUGGAGGCGCUGUGUUCCAAGCUGUGCAUCAUGACCAACGGCGUGUUCCGCUGCAUGGGGUCGCUCUCCCGCAUAAAGGAACUGUACGGCAAGGGGUUCGACCUGUACGCCAAAUUCGAGGAGCCGGAAGACGUGCGAAUUAAGGCCGUCGUGCGCGAACAUUUGAUGACGACUGCCAUGAUAAACAGCACCGUUUCUACAGCAACUUUGGACGACCAGCAGCUCGCGACCAAGACCGUUUCGUUGGAAGAAGCGCAGCAAAUCCUUCUGGCAGUAGAGGACGUCCUCAAGCUGACUACAUCAACAGAGGCUGGUGAUGCAAUGAAACAAGAGCACACAACUUCAACUUCUUACGUCACAAGCGUAAAACAGCAGUUGCAGCAGAUGCUAGUGGAAAAGAACUCGCCGUUUCCCCACGCGUCCCGCCUGUGGAGUAAGGAGGUGAAAUCGAAGGACGACCUGAAGCGCAUAAAGGAGGACCGGGUGCGGCUCCUCGCGCUUGGGGAAUGGUUUUUGUUUGCGUGUUGGCGCAUCCGCUUCGCCAGUUUCGUCCAAGAGCGUUUUGCCCACGCCCAGAUAUUGGAACAGAGGCAAAACGUGUUGCUGUUCCGGAUCGACGCCACGGAUUCCAGACGCGUGUUAGACAGUACCAAGAAAGAGGACGACAUCGGCGAUCACGGUAGUGGCGUGCCGCCGGUGGAUGAAAAUGCAACUACCACUGCCAUUCCCCAUGUGGCGGUAGACGACCACGAAGAUGCCGCGUCGCGCAUAACAAAUCCCGAUGAAGCCAGAGGUGCUAGUACGAGCGGAACGAGUUUCCUAGGUCCGCUGUUUGGACUUUUGGAGAAGCACAAAUCCGAAUUCCAUAUCAUGGAAUACGCAGUGACCCCAACGACACUCGAGCAAAUCUUCAACCAGUUCACGUUGGCGCAAGUCGGAGAGGAUGACACACUGUAGGCGGGCUUGACAAAGAUCUACGUAGUACGCGCAUCAAAGUCGAGCACGUUGUUUGCAAUUAUGCAUGUGGUCACAGACGAAAUGCUCCCGACAGCUGUACGACUCGACGCGUUAGUUCUUGCUCAAGAAACAGAAAGAAAGCAAAGGUAACUUCACGCGUCGCGGAAUGUUGUAAGAUUUCCCUUGGUCCUACUAGUUUGUUUCUGUUUCGCUC